AUGGCGAGACUCGCGGUACCAAUAGCCCAAAUUAACUUGCAUCACAGCAAAGGCGCCUCGGCGAUUCUAGCCAGGAGCAUGGCUGUGAUGCAGACAGUAAUAGUAAUAAUUCAGGAGCCUUGGCUCCUAUUGGGCUGCGACGCAAACUCCCACCAUAUAGGGUGGGGGUGUUCGAAUAUAAAUCCGAGGGGUGAGAGCCUCCACAAAUUCAUUAUGGACAUCAACUUGAUGAUCCUUAACAGAGGAACGGUACCCACUUUCAUGGACUGCAGAAGACAAGAAGUAUUAGAUAUCACCAUUUGUACUGAGGGAGUGGCGGACCUGGUGCGGAACUGGAGGGUCUCUGGAGAGCCCUCAGGUUCUGACCAUAGACAGAUUCGCUACAAUCUCCGGUAUAUGGUGAAUAAAGAAUGGGGUCGUAACCCAAGGACUACAAACUGGGAAGGCUAUAGGAUGGACCUGGAGGCCAUCCUGAAAAAAGCCCCAAACAGAUUUCACUCAGAAGAGAAUCUUGAAUACGCGGCGAAGUUGGAGGUAAGAAGACUCUUCAACAAAGCAAGGAGGAAAAACUCAACAGCCGAUUGGGAAGCUAAUAGAAAUGCCCAACGCGGUUAUAGCAAAACAAUAAUCAUUGCGAAAAGGAAAAGCUGGAGGGAUUUCAAUAAAGGCAUUGAGAGUACUUCAGAAGCAUCCAGGCUAAACAGAAUCCUCAGCAAAGAUAACACCCUACGAUUGGGAUGUCUUAAACUCCCAAACGGAAACUACACCAAGACAGUAGAGGAAAGUUUAAAACACCUUAUGUCUAUCAGCAAACAGGUCAAAGAAACGAUUGAAACGUUUGAUUGGGAAAUACUUUCGCAUGCCGCUUACUCACCAGACUUGGCUCCGUCCGAUUACUACUUAUUUGCAUCGAUGGGACACGCACUUGCUCAGCAGCGCUUUACUUCUUACGAAGAUGUACGAAAAUGGCUAGAUAACUGGUUUGGCUCAUAA